AUGGCCAAAGAUCCCGAGUACCUUGGCACUUUCCAUGAGCGAGUUCAGUGCCUCACCAAUGAAAAUGUUCAGCUGCAAGAUCGAAACGAAAGGCUCUAUGGCAAGGUGGGAGAACUGCAGGACAGGCUGGGACAAUUGGCUAUCUCCAAGGCGGACCUGUCCUCCAGGCUGAUUCGCAGUGAAGAGGAGAAGCUCAAGAUUUCCAAAGACUUUGUCGAUUUCCAAAUCGAAACUAAUAAAAAGAGAGAACAACAUGAAGCUGAGAACUUUGAACUGAAGAAUCUGAUCUUGGACUUGGAGAAUCGUAUUCUGGAGAUUGAGCUCCGUGAUGAGAGGACCACUGGGGAACGGGAUGCUUUGCAGGAACGCCUGCACACCUUGGAGAAUGACCACAAGGAGUUGGGGAACGAGUACCUUGCUUUGAAGAGCAACUACCUUGUAUUGGACAAGGAGCACGAACAGGAGGUCUCCAAGAACGAAGAACUGAGCAGGGAGUUACUUAACCUGGUUAAGUCCAAGCAGGAGCAUCCACACCACCUCCAAACCAAGAGCACGGAGUCCCAGUCUGAAGCAGAAAAUCCGCCUGCUGAAGUGAAGCGGGUGCGAACCUUGGUCCAUCGCCUCUCUGCCCACAAAGUCAAGCCCGAAGAUGUGGUGCUGGCUUCAGAACAGGAACGUCAAAAAUUGGAGAAAAGUUUACUUGGAAACCAAGGUCACAUCACUGAAGAGAUGGAAAAAAUGAGAGAAAUGUACAAUUCCCAGCAACAGAAAUUGGAGGAGAGAAUGAUCACGAUGGGCAAGGAACUACAGGAGGCCAAGAAAGCAAUCCGGCACACGCAGCAUAAACUGGCAGAAGAGUCAGCGAUAUUGCUGUCCUCCCAAGGCCACCUUCAGGAGGUUGAGUCUGAGAAUUCCAGGCUACAGUUACAACUCAAAGAGUUGAAUGAGGAAUAUCGUUCGCACCUUGUUCAGUACGUCACAGAUCUGGCGGAAUACAUCGAUAGUAAAUCAUCACCAGCUAAAAAGGAGCCCAGUCAAAUGAAGCAUUUUGUGGACAGCAUGUUGAAAGACAUCCGGGCUUCCUAUAAAUCUCGGGAGGAACAGCUGGCUAGAGCUGCCCGCGGUUACAAGAAGCGCAUGCAAAAUUUGGUCAAGAAGCACGAGGGUCUACUCAUUGCCUACAGGAUGCAACGUGAGCAAAUCAGGUUGCUGGGCUCCCAUGAUCUGGAUCCUGGCCCACCAGAGCAUCAUUUCUCCAUCACGGAUGCUGAAUUGCUGACCAAUACCGCACAAGAGUUAAACCGGUUGCGGGAAGACAAAGCCAAUCUGGAGGGACAACUCUAUGAGCUGCAGAUGAAGGUAAAACUAAGUGAAAAAAUGAUCUCUGGAACAGCUUCUCAUGCUCUGCCUCUCCCUGUCCCUAACCUCCUGGAGGGCGAAGGCUGGGCUCAACUCAGGAAGCAGCUACGGGAGUUUACCCACUCGACGCAAGUGGAACUGGAAAGGGAGAGAAGCCAGCUGCUGGCCAGAGCGAUGGUAGCAGAAGAGCAGGUUGCUGAACUGCAGGAAUACGUGGACAAACACCUGGUGAGAUACAAGCAGGAGAUUGUGAGAAUGCGCAAACUCUUAGGAACAAGCGGAUCUCAAGCAUUGAGUGCUGAAGCAUCUGAGGUUCCAGUACUGUUGAUGUCCCAAGGGACCCUCAGCAAGGAAGUGUAGUUUUCUUAUCAUAGAAGAGCUGGAAGGGACCUUGGAG